AUGAUCCCGAAGCAGCAACAAGACUUGGCUAAAAACGCCACCGAUGUCGAUUGGCACGUUGUGGGCAACAGUAUGGGUAAUCGAGAUCCAGUAACUCUGUACUCCGGAACAGACGAGGAGGAUCAAGAAGAUCCUUCUUCUCCCAGUUGCUGGAUCUCAUUUGAUCGACCAGGCUUCUCGGGUAAGGAAGGAAAUGAAGAUACCUUCUGGAAGAUCAUUGGUUCUGAAGGUCUCGAGUUUUGUAUUACAGAGGGUACUGUAGGCUAUGGUAUUAUAGCAGAGUAUGUGUAA